GGGAUUAAGAGGUUACACCGUUUAUGGAUACGAGCUGCGGUGUCUGAUUCGCACUAUUUUAACGUCUGUUUUUAAUUUGUUCUCAAACGCUCAAAAUCCAAUGGAUCUCCAGGAAAAAAGGUUAAUACAUGAACAUUUGCGAUAGCAUUCAUGUGACCUGUGGUAACAGAGGCAUCUCAGUCACCACAUUAGGGUUUUAGUUUGGAGUGGAAACAUGUUCACCGCUACCCAAAUCUCUAAAUCCCAGUUCCUGGAUAAGGCCAGGCUGGCACGGGAGGAAAGGAAAGACCAUAAAGAGAAAGAGAGCGCGGCCACCCAAAUCCAGGCUCUGAUCAGAAGAUUCCUCUGUCGUUGUAGGCUGCAAAGAGAAAUCAGGAAAGAGGUUGAUGACUUCUUUGCUGUGAGUGAUGCAGGUUCAACAAAAAGAAAUGCUCUAUCCAUCUUCAAAAUUGCAAGGAAGUUGUUAUUCAUAUUUUGCAAGGAUGAUAAGUUGAGGUUUGAGAAGCUGUGUAGAAUAAUUCUAAGUAGCAUGGAAUUUGAGAAUGAACCUAAAGUAUGGUAUGUUUCCCUGGCUCUUUCAAAAGACCUCACCAUCCCCUGGCUCAAACAGAUCAAAGAUGUACUCUGUGUCUCCUGUGAAUUUCUGAAAAAACUUAAGCCUGACAUACUACAAGAAAAUAAAUUGGUGACUCUGUACCUUACAAUGCUGAUAACCUUCACAGACACAUCAACAUGGAAAAUCAUCCGAGGCAAAGGAGAGGCCCUCAAGCCUGCGUUAAACAGAAUAUGUGAGAACAUUAUGGGACAUCUCAAUCAAAAGGGCUUCUACUCUGUACUUCAGAUUCUGCUUACCAACGGAUUGGCAAGAUCUAGACCCUCCCUUUCCAAAGGAACCCUCACAGCCAUUUUUACUCUGUCACUCAGGCCUGUUAUUGCUGCACAUUUCUCAGACAACCUGCUGAGGUCUUUCCUUCUCCAUAUCAUGUCUGUUCCAGCGUUUAUCUUCCACCUUAACACACUCACUCCAGAUUGUAUGGUCAUUAUCCAGACUCAUGACCUCUUUCGCAAGUUUGUCUUAUUUCUGAGCCGAGAGGAGCAGUGUCUGGAUAUAUGUGUCUGCCUAGAGGGAAGCCACACUCUCUGCUUAUUGGGUAACCUUAUUCAGCUGGGAUACUUUAAUGUAAAAGUUCUAGAGCUGGAAGCCAGUCACUUUGUCAAGGAUCUGACGGAUAUGUUGUCAUACUGUCAGAGAUAUGUUUCUCAGAAGAAAUCCAACCUCACACACUGGCACCCAGUGUUGGGCUGGUUCUCACAAACUGUUGAUUAUGGGCUUAAUGAGUCUAUGCCAUUGGUAACAAAGCAGUUACAGUGUCUGUGGGGAGUACCUGUGAUCUGCACUCUCUUCUGUGAUGUUCUCUGCAAAAAGCUUGAGACUCAAGAACCCAUCCCAAUGACCCCUCCUCAGCCAUCCACACUACAGAAUAACCUGCCUGUCAAAAAUCUCUUCAAGCGGGCAUUCCAGAAGUCUGCUUCUGUGCGGAACAUCCUGAAGCCGAUCGGGGGGAAGCGGGUUGACUCGGCUGAGGUCCAGAAGGUGUGCAGUAUUUGUGUGCUGUAUCAGACGGCCCUCACCACACUCACACAGAUCCGCCUCCAGAUCCUCACAGGACUGACGUAUCUUGAUGAGCUGUUGCCUAAGCUAUGGGCAUUUAUCUGUGAGCUUGGCCCUCAGGGUGGGCUCAGACUCUUCCUGGAGUGUCUCAAUAAUGACACUGAGGAAUCCAAACAGCUUUUGGCCAUGCUCAUGCUCUUCUGUGACUGCUCCAGGCAUCUCAUCACGAUUCUUGAUGACAUUGAGGUCUAUGAGGAACAGAUUUCUUUUAAAAUGGAAGAGCUUGUCACCAUCUCCUCGUUUCUCAACACAUUUGUAUACAAGAUGGUCUGGGAUGGUAUUUUAGAGAAUGCCAAAGGGGAGAAGUUGGAUCUGUUCCACAGUGUUCACGGCUGGCUGAUGGUUCUGUAUGAGCGGGACUGUCGAAGGAGAUUCACUCCUGAUGAUCUCUGGCUCCGCAAAGACCUGAAGCUCAGUCUGUUGUUCCAAGAGCUGGAGAAAGGCAAAAGGAGAGCACAGCUGCUACUUCAGUACAUUCCUCAUGUCAUCCCACACAAAAAUAGGGUACUGCUGUUCCGGAACAUUGUUACAAAAGAGAAAGAGACUUUAGGAUUGGUGGAGACAAGUUCCGCCUCUCCCCAUGUAACUCACAUAACCAUUCGUCGAUCAAGGAUGUUGGAGGAUGGAUAUGAUCAACUGCGACGUCUGCCUGUAAACUCCAUUAAAGGAGUGAUCCGAGUGAAGUUUGUGAAUGAUUUAGGUGUGGAUGAGGCUGGAAUUGACCAGGAUGGUGUAUUUAAAGAGUUCUUAGAGGAGAUUAUCAAGAAGGUUUUCAACCCAGCACUCAACCUCUUUAAGACCACCAGUGGGAAUGAGAGAUUAUACCCUUCCCCAACCUCGAGCAUCCAUGAGAAUCACCUGCAGCUAUACGAGUUUGUUGGAAAGAUGCUAGGAAAAGCGAUGUAUGAAGGCAUCGUAGUGGACGUGCCGUUUGCCUCCUUUUUCCUCAGUCAGGUCCUGGGUCAUCAUCACAGCACCUUUUACAGCUCUAUAGAUGAGCUGCCCUCUCUUGACUCAGAGUUCUACAAGAACCUCACUUCCAUCAAGCGUUACGAUGGGGAUGUUAGUGACCUCGGUCUGACAUUAUCGUAUGAUGAGGAGGUGAUGGGGCAGUUAGUCUGUCAUGAGCUUACUCCUGGGGGAAAGACAAUGUCUGUCACAAAUGAAAACAAGAUCAGCUACAUCCACUUGAUGGCUCACUUCCGCAUGCACACCCAGAUCAAGGAGCAGACCGCCGCCUUCAUUAGGGGCUUCCGCAGCAUCAUUAACCCAGAGUGGCUGCAUAUGUUUUCCACCCCUGAGGUCCAGAGACUCAUCUCUGGGGACAAUGCUGAGAUAGACCUUGACGAUCUCAAGAAGCACACUGUAUACUACGGAGGGUUCCACAGUAGCCACAGAGUCAUUCUUUGGCUGUGGGACAUCCUCUCCAAUGACUUCACCCCUGAGGAGAGAGCCAUGUUCCUGAAGUUUGUUACCAGCUGUUCAAGACCUCCUCUGCUCGGUUUCGCCUACCUCAAACCUCCUUUCUCCAUCCGCUGUGUGGAAGUGUCAGAUGAUCAGGACACGGGCGAUACUUUAGGCAGUGUUCUGCGUGGCUUUUUCACCAUUCGCAAGAAGGAGCCAGGUGGUCGUCUGCCAACGUCCUCUACUUGCUUCAACCUACUCAAACUGCCCAACUACAGCAAGAAGAGCAUCCUAAGAGACAAACUCCGCUACGCAAUCAGCAUGAAUACAGGCUUUGAGCUUUCGUAACUCAUACCCUUGUGUGGUGGUUCAUACCAUACAUAUAUAUAUAUAUAUAUACACACACACACACAAACUUUGACAUACAGGAGUGGUGGUAGCGUAACAGUUUAAGUUCUGAAAUGGCCACAGAAAGAUUGAAGAUUCGGUCCCAUGUUGGAGACACAACAACUGAAGUUACAGUGAUUCAAUUCUUGCUCCAUAGGAAUUGAGACCUUCAAUAAAGGCACUUAAGAACUGUUCCAUCAAAACGUAUACUCUGUCUUAGCAAGCAAAUGAUGUAAUCAACUUGCUAAUAUACUGGAAAUGUGCUGAACGUACUUUGUCACAGACGUGGAGACUGGCACUUCGAGGAUUUCUACCGCAGAAGUAUAUUCAAGUGCACUGGCUUUUAUUUACAAAGAACAUAUAUGCAUACAGUCACAUCUUAGUCUCUGAUUUUUUCGUUUUGAAACAUUUGAAGAUCCCUGUAUUUAGUGUAAUUUAUAAAAUACGUUCUUCUCAGUAUUUGAAGCCAAAUGAGGUCCAAACGCCUUAUACAAUCAGUUUUAAACCAGCUCAAUGUAAUGUUGUCAUGUCAGGCUCCUGAAACCUUUAUCAAAGAAACCUCUCGCAUGGAGACUGAAAAAACCCAACUCCAUGUGUGAAUCCAAAAUGGAUUCAAAACGGAUGCUUAUUGGUGUCCACUCGUUCAAGAACACUUUUAAACCUCCACUACAGUGGACUCUGCCGUGUAUGUACAGUGUAAUACACUCCCCUGGGAAGGGAACAGGAAAGCAAUACUAAUGCAAUGCAAGCCAUGCAACUCAAGACACAAAAUUAGGCUAUGCCUACUCCAGCAAAUGCAUUUAAACCCAUGAACUACUAAUGGACUUGAGGAUAGAACGUUCCCAGCACUGUUCAUCAUCUUCUUUGAACUUUCUCUUUCUCAUUGAAUACACUACAUCAUCUCGCAGCAGACCUCGUCAUCAGACUGUUACGUGCUAAUGCAUGCAGCCAGUGCCGCCCAAUGACAUUGUGACAUUUGCUGCUCAUCAAAAGUCAUUAUUUUAAUUUCAGUAUUCUGUUCAAGAACAAAAGCAUGAAAUACUAAUAUAGGUGCUCAAAGCAUUUAUCUAUUCCUUAAGUUAAUUGUUUUAGUCUUUUUAUUAUUUAAGAAAAGAAGGGUAAAAUAGUGGCGGGACACAGACUAAACCACUGAAAUGGGUUUACUCCAGCUUAAAGGUCAUUACAAAUUUAAGUUCUUUAUCAUCUGCUCUUUCUGUCAUCUCCCAGUAACUCUCUGCCCAUCUUUUAUGUGUGUACUACUGGAAUUAAGCCAUACAGUGAAGAUGACUAGCUUUCAAACCACCUCUUGUGGGACCUUUUUCUUAUAGACUGAGUGUUUGAAUGACUACCUUGGAAGUUCUGUUUCAGUGGGCUCAAUGGAAUCUCAUGAAAUGUUAUUCAAUAUGGAUAAAAAAUUAGGAUAUCUCCCUUGCAUGAUGUCACUGGAUGAUUCAAACAUGUAGUCCUGUUAAUGAUUUAGCAUUACCGAAUAAGACUGCAACUUCUGCGCAUCUUUCUCAUUCUUUUGCUCCAUGAGUGUCUCGGCACACAUAUGUCUUUUUUUCUUAUUAUUUGUGUGUAUGUCAAAGAGAUCUACCAGGAUGAAUCUCACAAAAACUGUCCAAAACCUAUCCGAGACAUUUUUCACCCCAUUCAGAAUAAAGAAAAUGAAGCCUAUUUUAUUAAAGAUUUUUUGCAUUGUGACAUUAUUUCCAUGACAAUUAAGCACAUUCCCCAGCAAAUACUCAAUUUCUGUAAUGAA